CCCCAAGAGAGCCCCAAGACAGCCACAGACCGCCAAGACGCCCCAAGAUGGCCCCUCCGUAGCCAUUUUGGCUCAAGCGCUUUUCGGCCCGGGGCUCCGACACCUCUCGACCGAAGCUCGACGCUGCUCGCUGGGCUACUGGCGCCAUGGCCCCCCUCCGAGGCACUGGCCUGCCAGCCUGCCUAGCCCUCGCGCUGGGGCUCUACCUCCUGCCGAGCGCCUUCGUGGCGCCCGCGCCCUCGGCGCGCCCGACCGCCUCGGGGGCCACCGUGCGGGGGCAGGUGGCCCGGGCCGCGCGCGGCGGCGGAGAGUACGACGUCAGCGAUGCCGACAUCCAGGCGUUCUACGACGAGACGAUCUCGGGCAGCGGCGGCGACCCCCCGAAGGGUUCGAUCACGGCGGAGCUCAUCGUCAAGCACUUCCACGGGGUGUGGGACGACAAGGGCACGUUCACCCGCUACAGCGGCCAGUGGAAGGGUCCGCCCCCCGGGGGGAUCGGCAAGAGGGACAUCGCCGUCGGCAUCGCGGGCCUCAAGGAGCAGAUGAAGUUGGGCAAGCACGUCGUCAAGGGCGGCCCCGGGAACGACGAGACUCAGAAGGUGAUUGACGACGGAAAGGGCUGGGUCUGGCUGGCCGCCGACAUGAGCCCCGGCGGCCUGGCGGUGCAGCUGUACACCUCCGUUCCGUACGGAAAGCGCCCGCUGCUUGUCGCCAAGCGCUCCGAGGUGGACACCAUGUUCGAGAAGGUGAACUGGGGCAUUAUGGACAAGCGCAUUGACACCACCAUGGGCGGACCCCAGGUGAUCCAGCGGUGAUGGCCCACUAUACCCGCUCCGUCAUGUAUUUCGUGAGCAGGAUCUUAGUUUAAAAUGCCGCAAUGUACCCACGCCGCGGCGGUUGUACCAUCAAGGCCGAAACAAGAA